AACUGAUAUCUUUUCUCCCUUUUCUCUUUCUUUUUCUUUCUCUUUUUUUAUUUCAUCAUUCAAUCAAUUGGUUCAUCAGUCAAUCACAUUGAUAAUUUUUAAAAAUGGCUGCUGCUUGCCGACUCCGACAUGCAAUUAUUAUUGGAAAAUCAUUUUCAAAAUCAAUUAAUUACAAUACUAAACUUCGUUAUCUGGAUCCACGACCAAAAUUAACAUCUGUGUGGAGCAAUAAACAUGUGAGAUUUACAUCAUCACAAGCUGCUGCAGUUGAAGAUAAGCCUGAUCCUGAUUAUCACAGUAUUGUAAAAAAUACAGAAAAACCAACAGGACAAAGUUUCAAGCAUGAAUUUCAAUCAGAGACACGAAUGUUAUUGGAUAUUGUUGCAAAAUCAUUGUAUUCUGAUAAAGAAGUAUUUGUUCGUGAGCUAAUAUCAAAUGCAAGUGAUGCACUUGAAAAAUUACGUUAUUUAAGAUUAAGUAAAAAUUUAUCAAUUGAAGAAGGUGGUGAUCGUGGUUUAGAAAUUCAUAUUGCAACUGAUAAACAAAAUCGUACAUUAACUAUUCAAGAUACUGGUAUUGGAAUGACACAAGAUGAAUUAAUAUCAAAUUUAGGUACAAUAGCACGUUCUGGUUCAAAAGCAUUUUUAGAAAAAUUAAAAGAAAAUGAUGUAACACAAGAUUCAACAAAAAUUAUUGGACAAUUUGGUGUUGGUUUUUAUAGUGCAUUUAUGGUUGCUGAUAAAGUUGAAGUAUAUACAAAAUCAUAUGAAUUAAAUGCACAAGGUUAUCAUUGGCAAUCUGAUGGUUCUGGUAAUUAUGAAAUAUCACAAGCUGAAGGUGUACAACCAGGUACUAAAAUAAUUAUGCAUUUACGUACUGAUUGUCGUGAAUUUAGUGAUGAAACAAUUGUCAAUAAUAUUGUUAAAAAAUAUAGUAAUUUUGUUGGUAGUCCAAUAUUUGUUAAUGGUAAAAGAAUUAAUAUAAUACAACCACUUUGGAUGCUUGAUUCAAAAGAUAUAACUGCUGAACAACAUUCUGAAUUUUAUCGUUAUAUAUCAAAUUCAUAUGAUGCACCAAAAUUUAUAUUACAUUAUAAAGCUGAUGUACCAUUAUCAAUACGUGCAUUAUUAUAUUUUCCUGAUGAUAAACCUGGUUUAUUUGAACAAAGUCGUGAUACAGCAGCUGGUGUAUCAUUGUACAGUAGAAAAGUAUUGAUUAAAAGUAAAGCUGAUAAUUUAUUACCAAAAUGGUUACGUUUUGUCAAAGGUGUUGUUGAUUCUGAAGAUAUACCAUUAAAUUUAUCUCGUGAAUUGUUACAAAAUAGUGCACUUAUUACUAAAUUGAGAAACGUUUUAACUGGAAGAAUAUUAAAGUUUUUAAAUGAACGUUCAAUAAAACAAGUUAAUGAUUAUAAUGAAUUUUAUAAGGAUUAUGGAUUAUUUUUCAAAGAAGGAAUUGUUACGAGUCAUGAACAAUCAGAGAAAGAAGCUAUUGCUAAACUUUUACGCUUUGAAUCAUCAGCAAAUCCAGGAGAACUUGUUAGUUUACCAGAAUAUUGUAAAAGACUUUCAGCUGAACAAAAAGAUAUUUACUAUUUGGCAGCACCAAGUCGUGCACUUGCUGAACAAUCACCAUACUAUGAAUCAUUUAAAAAACGUAAUUAUGAAGUACUAUUUUGUUAUGAGCCAUAUGAUGAACUUGUAUUGAUGCAACUUGGACGUUAUGAAACAAGAUUUUUAACAUCUGUUGAAAAAGAAAUGCGUCAAGAUACUCAAUCAACAGAAGACAAUGCUAUUGAUUCUAUAAAUAAAGAACAAAUUGAUAAACUUCUUGGCUAUAUCAAAGGUGUACUUGCUAAAAAAGCAUCUGAAGUUAAAACAACAAAUCGUCUUGAAUCACAUCCUUGUGUUAUUACUGUCCAAGAUAUGGCAAGUGCUAGACAUUUUAUUAGAACACAAAGUAAUCAAUUAAAUGAAGAAACAAGAUAUACUUUACUUCAGCCACGUUUUGAAAUUAAUCCAAAUCAUCCAAUUAUGAAAAAACUUACUGGUCUUAUUGAUAAAGAACCAAAAUUAGCUGAACUUUUAACACAACAGCUUUUUACGAGUGCUAUGGUUGGUGCUGGUCUUGUUGAAGAUCCAAGGAUACUAUUGACGUCAAUGAAUGAAUUAUUAACACUCGCAUUGGAAAAAUAUUAAACCUAAAUUGUUACAUUUUCUAUUUCCAUUUAGUUUUAAUUAUUUUUUUUAUUUUUUAAUUUCUUUGCAAGUUUUUUUUAUCCUCAAAAUUGAUGUUAAUCAGUUUAAAAAACAAAAAUGAAACUUAAUAAAUUCAUUGAUAACAAAUGAAGACUUUAAAUAUACAAUUUUUUAAAUGAAAAUAUUAAAACUUUAAGCAUGUUUUAAAAGUAAUUAAAUAAUAAAUAGAAUAAUUUUUUUAUUUGUACUGAAUUAUUGUAUACUAACAUAAUUAUUUAAUAUUGUUGGUAAAUAAAUUCAGUGAAAA